GCGUGCUCGCUCAUUUGAACUGGUUAAACUUGCAGCACGCUGUCCUUGCUUUCAGCGCGUGGUCACGAUCCAGGGGUACUGGAUCACGGCCAAGGAUAAUGAAAACGGUUUCGAGAUCAGCCGGUUCAAUCCCAGCGCUCGAACGCAGAGAUGCUGACGUUCGGCAUGCUGGGUGUCCACCUGUACGGGGUCGGGGCCUGCCACCUGGCGAGCGUAACGAGGGAGGCGGAGGCCGAGCUCUGCCUGCGCUGGUUCUCCCUCUCCGUGUUCUUCCCGGUGCACCAGACUCUUGGACAGGCGACCACGCCGAUCCAGAGGCGUGUGGCGGCGCUGGCGUCGAGGGCGACCGCCCUGCGCCACUUCCUGCUGCCGUACGUCUACACACAGCUGGUGAAGGCAUCGCGCAGUGGAGGCGCGCUGGCGCGCCCCACCUACAUCGACUUCCCAAGAGAUUCAAAGACCCACGCAUAUCCUAAACAGUUCAUGUUCGGACCGAGCCUCCUAGUCACCCCGCAGAUAGAAACGGCCGCCUCCCUGCUGGAGGUGUACUUCCCUGCGGGCCGCUGGUACGACUGGUACAACAGCAAGCGCGUCGACAGCCUCGGACAGCCGGUGUUUGUGCCGUCGCCAAACGCCACGGCUGCAAUGUUUACCCGCGGCGGCACCAUUAUCGCGGGCAGAGCGCUCAACCGCUCCGUCACCAACAUCCAUUUGAUAGUGUCGCCGGACAACUCCGACUACGCAUACGGGGAGCUGAUCAGCGAUAAUGGUGUCAAUGCAGGAACAUUUGAUGCCGGCAGCUAUUCGGUGUUUCACUUCUCUUACAUGAAGGGCAUCCUGACGGGCCACUGCUCGGUGUGCCGGUGGGGGACUACGCUCCGAGCGGCGACCGUGUUCGGCGUCCCAGGCCCUGCGCCCACACGCGUGCAACUCAACGAGAGGCCUCUCAAGUUCGCCUUCGCGCGAUCGACGCUGUACCUUUUCGACAUCGGCCACAACCUGCGAAAACCUUUCGCCAUUACCGUGGGACGGCUCUGACGAGCGCAAUAAACGUGCUCGU